CUCCAAAGAAGAAACCCUUUUCUUCUCCCCCUAAACCCAUAAUAUUUUUCUUCUCCUCUUGGCGGCUGAAAUACGCUCCUUCUUCUAGGGUUUCCUUCUCUCUCCUCCAAAACCCUUACUAUCAGUAUUUUUUUAGGGUUUACUCAUAUUCAUACCGUCACUCAUCUACCUGUACUUCUGCUGCUGCUGUUGUUGUUCAAUAUCUUUCUAUUAUUCUAAGAGAUCUGUGAUCCAUGGCGACUGUUGCUUCACCUGCAGAUCUUACUACAGAAGCUACAGAAAUACUAAAGAAUUUGACGUUAGAUUCUCAGACCAAGACUGUAGAUGCUGCUCCAGAGGCUACUAAGAAGCAUGGCUCUGUAGAUGCUGGGGAUGCAAAUGGACAGAUUCAGUCACAGGAAAGGGCCACACCUCCUAUUAUUCAGGACUUCAUGGAUACUUCUAUGUGCUAUGUUCCUGGUGCAUAUCCAUCCACAGCUUAUUAUUAUUCAGGUGGUUAUGAGAAUGGUAUGACUGGAGAUUGGGCAGACGAUUACUCUAGAUAUAUGUCUCAAGAUGGAGUGGAUAUGACACAUGGAGUUUAUGGGGAUAAUGGGUCAUUGCUUUACCACCAUGGAUAUGGAUAUGCUCCCUAUGGCGCCUAUAGUCCAGCAGGUUCUCCUGUUCCUACCAUGGGACAUGAUGGACUGUACGGGCCUCAGCACUACCAGUAUCCUACUCCUUACUAUCAAUCACCAACACCUCCUCCCAGUGGACCGUAUUCAUCUAACCAAACUUCUGCUGCGCCAACAGAUGUUCCCACUUUAGUUGCUGCAGACCAGCCCCCAGUAUCAGUAGAAGCCGUCAAUGGAAAUGCUAAUGGUGUCUCGAAAGGAAGUGUUGGUGGAAACAAUAAUAAUGGGGCUGCAUCAGUAAAAUCUGCCAAUUCCAAUUCUACUCUGAAUUCAAACUUCUCUUAUGGAAGAGGAAGCGUUCCUACUUACCCUGACCCAAGAUCUAGUUAUGAUGGGAUGAGACCUUGGAUAGAUGGCUCAGUUUUUCCAGAUGGCCAGGCCAGGCCUGCCACAAGUAGCUCUCUCUCUUCAACUGUUUCACAUAUCAAUGGCCUUCAAUCAGGAAGAACUCCGAAUCUCCGAUCUCUUCCUCCCAAUCUAAUGGGUUUGCAUUCCCAAAGGCCAGCAACUGGCAUGACAACCUCUGGUUAUAUGAAUAAAUUCUAUCCUAGCAACAGAUUGUACGGCCAAUGUGGGAACGGUGUUAGAACUGGUUUUGGAUCAAAUGGUUAUGAUUCAAGGACAAAUGGACGUGUCUAUUAUCCAGUUGAUAACAAGUACAAGCCAAGGGGUCGGGGCAACGGGUAUUAUAGUUACGGUAAUGAAAACAUGGAUGGACUGAACGAGCUUAACAGAGGUCCAAGGGCAAGAGGAUUUAAGAACCAGAAGGGAUUCACACCAGUCACCUUAGCAGUUAAAGGUCAGGUUCUCCCAACCAGUGUUGUGAACGAAGAAAAAGAUGCUUCAACUGUGGCUCCAAACAAAGAAGAGUACAACAAGGAAGACUUCCCAGAGAAGUAUACUGACGCAAAAUUCUUCAUUAUUAAAUCAUACAGUGAAGAUGAUGUGCACAAGAGCAUUAAAUACAGCGUUUGGGCUAGCACUCCAAACGGAAACAAAAAGUUGGAUUCUGGAUACAAGGAGGCCCAAGAGAAGCCUGGUGGUUGCCCUGUAUUCUUGCUCUUCUCUGUUAACACAAGUGGUCAGUUUGUUGGGCUUGCUGAGAUGACUGGUCCUGUUGAUUUCAAUAAGAGUGUCGAGUACUGGCAGCAAGACAAGUGGAAUGGUUGUUUCCCUCUGAAGUGGCACAUAGUCAAAGAUGUACCCAACAGUUUGUUGAAACACAUCACGCUUGAGAACAAUGAUAACAAACCUGUGACAAACAGCAGGGACACUCAAGAGGUCAAAUUCGAACAGGGACUUCAAUUGAUCAAGAUCUUCAAAGAUCAUACGAGCAAGACAUGCAUCCUUGAUGAUUUUGGAUUUUAUGAAGGCCGCCAAAAAACAAUUCAAGAGAAGCGUGCCAAACAACAGAUCCACAAGCAGGUUUGGGAUUCAAAACCCACCACUGAAUCUGCUGUUGUAGACACCAAUGAAAAGGACAAAGAAGGUGCAGGUGCGAAUGGGAAGGUGAGUUCGCCAACUCCAUUAGAAGCUUCGUCAGUGUUGGUUAAUGAAUCAUCUGUAAUUGAUGGAGAGGCGACAAAGCAACCGGAAGAGAAUGGGUCAGUAAAAGUGUCUGCAGAUGCCCCCAAGGGUGCCAAACCAGUUGUGGCAACAACAGAGAAAAGGGUGCUUUCAAAUGGGAAUGGGGUUGUAGCAAAUGGAUGCUAGAUAAUUCAGCUCUUGGUCCCUUUUCUUCCUUAACGCCAGUUAAUAGUCUCUUUUGAGGAAGAGGAGGGAAUGCUCUCUGUGGAUGAUCGCCAGUUAAUAGUCUAUUUUUAGUAUACAACAGUGGUAAACGCUGUCCGGCUUGUCCAGGAUACAUGUGGAGUUUUUGCAUCUGUGCACUACUACAACAUCAAAGAGGCAAUAAAAUGUGCAGGAGGGUUUAAGAUUGCCCUCAGAUUUUUCUGAGAAAAUGUUAUUAAUGGCAGGUUCAAGCUCUUCAUCAUUUCUUCUUUCUUAAGAUAUAUGGGAGUAGUCAAGUCUCUUUCUUUGGCUAACUUGUCCCUUGGCAUAUUAGGAUUAGAUUUUUGUGGUGGUGGUUUUUUCUUUCUUUGCUAUUCCUUGUUUUUUUAUAGGUAAUGACUGGAGAGACAGCUCCUGACAGGUUUUAGUUUUCUUUUGGGUGGGGUUUUUAGGUUUACUUAUGAAAUCUCCUUUAUCAGUUUUUGUUCCCCUUAUUUUCUUUUCUUCAGCUUUGUGGCUUUCUUGUUUUAAUUUUUACUUUUGUUAUCAAUCUCCAUCUUGAUGUAAAUCUACUUCAUUACUGUGUUUCUAUGUCCAAUAGUAGAGGUGAAAGGGCUGGACUGAUGGAUAGAUUUUAUCAGAUUUUGGGGGUGGGGAAGUGUCGGAAAUUUGGAUAGUUAAUUCUCUCAUUUCAAGUGAUUUUGGAAUUAACUGAGAAUGGCAAAAUUCCUUUGCAGCACUGGUAUUAUCCAU